GAGUUCAAGAAUGAAAGUUCCUCCUCGGCUCCGACUCUGGUUCUCAAGAGCUCCCUGAAGCGAUCGAAGCCGGUGGAAACUGUACCCAAUGUCUCAGCGGAAAGCUUGUUGUUGAUUGAACUUGAACUUAACCCCCACCCCCUAAAUUUGGUGCUGCUCUCUGUUGAAACUAGUACACAUCGUCCUUCUGUUACUGAUCUGAUUCAGUGCUCAAAUCUCACAGCUCCUCCUGUUCUCAAGAGCGCACUAAAGCGGUCAAAGCCAGCUGAAUCUAUGCCGGAACCAGAACCGGAACCGGAAGCCCCUAAAAAGCGUCUACAGUUUAAGACAUCAACCGAUGCAUCAGAAGAACAAGUGAUACAGGCGAUGCAGAAGAUAACAUCUCACAUCAAGAACCCUUCCAAGUUCUCCAAAGCCUCAAAGCUUGCAAUACGGCUGAUCCAAGCUGGAAGUGUGAAACCAGAGACAAGCGGCCACUUCAUCGCGAUGCUCGAAGCUGCCAUGUCAUCGAAAACUCCUUGUACAGAUCGCUUGGUUAGAGUAGACUUUCAUGCGUUGUUCUCAGCAGCUCAGGAUGUUGCCGAGUGCCUUGAUAAAAGCCAGAAGAAUCUGUUGACCAUAUGGACAAUCAAAGCAGUUGUUGCUAAUGACCUCUUUACUGAUGACAGCUUUAUGUUUUCCAAGACUGCUACUCGUGUAAAGGAGGCUAUAUCUGAUCUUCCUGUCUCAACUGAGGAAGAUGACGCGGAAGAAGCAGCUGCUCUUGAAGAAGAGGCCGUGAAGGACAGGGGAGAUGGGCAGGCAACACAGGACCUAGCUGAAGCUGCUUCAGCUGGAGACCAAGAGCAUGUCGAGUCUGAUCCCUUUGGGCUCGAUGCCUGGAUUCCCAAUUGUGGAAAGAAGAAUGGUAAAACAAAGAUGAGGAAAGACUUAGCGGCCAGAACAACCGAAGGUACAGAUGCCGAAGAGAAUAAGAGAUUUCUCAGGUCAAAAAGAGAAGCUUUGAUUAUAUGCCUGGAGAUUGCUGCACGCCGUUACAAAAUUCCAUGGUGCCAAACUGUUAUAGACAUAUUGGUGAAACAUGCAUUUGAGAACGUGUCGAGGUUCACAUCACAGCAGAGACAAGCAGUGGAGAAACUUUGGGCUUCAGUUCGAGAACAACAUCUCCGUAGGAAGCAAGGCAAAUCAGUGACAGGGAAACUUGACGUUACUGCAUUCGAGUCUCUUCAGGAUAAAUACGCCAACGAGAAGAUGAGCAUCCGGAGCUCAGUGGGAGCCAGCGGUGAACGCCGUGCACAGCAAUGGCUCGGUUAA